UACAGAAUAAAUCUAUUUCGCUAAGGUAUAGGAUAUACAGUAACAUACUUUGUAAUAGCAAAAAGGUUUCAGACAGUUCAACCAGAACCCGUCCACUGGAGAAUAGCUACAAGUAUGAUAUUUGCGUUGCUGGUCUUAAGCGAGAUUUCGAAAGGAAGUAGGAAAACGUUUUCAGCGGUAAACACGUUGCUAACUUGAAGAUGGCACUUUCUACCUGUUCUUCGAAUUAUGUCCUUGGCAUAGAUUUAGGAACUACAUCUGUGAAAGUUGUAUUGCUCGACACCUUGUCCAGAACUGCCACGGAGAGUCAUUGUUUGCCAACAGAGGCUGACACAGGAAGCAAUGUGACCAAUGCCAAGGAGCAAAAUCCAGAGAGGAUAAUUGACACCCUCAAUAAAUGUGUUACUUCUCUGCCUCGAGAGAAGUUACAGAAAGUCGUUGGAAUCGGAGUUUCUGGACAAAUGCAUGGGAUUGUGUUCUGGAGAGCAAAUACAGGUGGCGAAUGGUUUGGUACCGAUAGUGUUCACAUGUUCAAGCCAAAGGACAUCUGUCAGCUGAUCACAUGGCAGGAUGGCCGCUGCAGCAGUGACUUCCUUACUUCAUUGCCACAGCCCAACUCUCAUAUUAACCUUGCCACUGGCUUUGGAUGUGCAACUAUCUUCUGGUUGCUCAAGCACAGACCUGAAUUGCUCUCAGAAUUCAAUGUGGCUGGAACCAUCCAUGAUUAUGUGGUAUCGAUGUUGUGUGCGUCCAAGGGCUGUUCAAUUUCGGCACAGAAUGCUGCCAGCUGGGGUUACUUCAACACUGUCACCCAUCAGUGGAACCUUGACAUCCUGAGAGAGGCUGGCUUUCCUGUUCAUCUGCUCCCUGAGCCUGUUGAGUCUGGGACCUUUGCUGGACACACCUGCUCUGAAUGGCAUGGGGUUCCUGCUAAUACUCCUGUUGGGGCAGCACUAGGGGACCUCCAGUGUAGUGUCUACUCCUCUAUGACCAACAAGACUGAUGCAGUACUCAACAUUAGCACUUCAGCUCAAUUAACCUUUGCCAUGCCUGCUGGUUUCACACCUGCCUGUGUGCCUGAUGCGCUGUCACCCAUCUCCUACUUCCCCUACUUCAAUGGCUCCUAUUUGGCAGUGGCAGCUUCACUGAAUGGAGGCAAUGUGAUGGCAAACUUUGUUGGAAUGCUGACUGGCUGGAUGAAGGAGCUUGGGGUUGAGAUCAGUGAGUCCAGCAUCUACCCUCAGCUCAUCCAGGCUGCCCAAGCCCAGCUGAACACAGACCUGAGAGUCAUCCCCACCGUGCUGGGUGAGCGGCACGCUGCCUCCUCCCAGGGCCAGGUGUCCAACAUCUCCCCCUGGAACCUCUCGCUGGGCCACGUGACCCGAGCCCUGUGCCGUGGAGUCUUGGACAAUCUCGUAAGCAUGAUGCCUUCGCAGAAGUUGCUGGAGGCGGGAGUGGAGAGGGUUGUGGCUAGUGGGAGCGCCCUUGGCCGGAAUGAAGUGUUAAAGCAGGAAGUUGAGAAGGCUUUCCCGCUGCCAGUUGUCUACGGGAAAGAUGUAGACUCAGCAGUUGGAGUUGCUAUGGUCUGCAGUGACGGUUUGAAUUAAUAAAUAGCAGAAGCUACAUUCACAUUUGACAUUUUGACUAUUGAAAUUAAGGAGUCUAAGAAAGCUAAUUCUGUAGAUUGUUUUUGAAGUUCUAAUUUCAUAAUUUGCACUAAGUUGUGAAUAUAAUUUUGUACCUAUAUUGUCUGUGAAGUAGAUUUUUUUAAUUGAUCAGGUUUCCUUAACAGAUUUUAAAUAUUUAUUUUAUUUUCUAAGAAGUUAACUUGAAUUGAGUAACCCCCAAUUUGUUUUGUAUGUGUCAUGAUCAUUUUAUUAAAAAGUUUUGAUAUGA